CGCUGCAUCUCAGCGAGAUUCAUACCUACAUCACACUCUCACACUCUCAUAUCUUUUCACGAUCAAAUCAUGUCUGCCACCACGAAUACGAACAUGACCAACAACAACUCCGAUGCACCCAACACCAAAGUCAGCAUCGGCACCAAGUUCAAAGGCGGCGCCAAAGUCGCGCAGGGACUGGGUGACACCAUCCGCGGCACGACGAUGGGCGCGAUCGACGCCGUCGAGCGCCGGGACUCUGCGGCGAACGACGAGAUGGUGCGCAAGGGCCGCAUGGAGAUCGAGGAGGGUAUCUCCAUGAUCAAGGGCCGUGCUUACGCCGGCCAGCAGGGUCUUGCUGGAGCGCGGGUGAACAACGGGCCGGGGGAGUCGCUCCAAGGGUGGGGAAGCGGCAUCAAUGGCGCUAACCCGGAGGCCACGACGAACGCGACGGGAUUCGCCCCGCCCAAGGGCGCUGAGUAUGCUCAGAACUCUACAACCAACGCACCGUCGGACCUUGGCCGGGGGCCCAACGCUUACAGCGGGAAUAACACGAACCAGCCGCCGACGUACCUCGCUGGCGGGCCGCCCGUGCACGACUACAAGUCUGCCGACGGUGGUGCGAUGGGAUACACCAGCCCCACGCAGAUGGGAAACCGCCCGCAGAACGAUGUGGGCGAGAGCGAGUACGAGGCGCGGAGGGAGGCCGGCGCUGGCAAUGGAGCAUCCUAUCAGUAGAUCGGAACGCGGACCGUAUAUUGAUUAAUCUGUAGUACUACUAGUAAGCAUACCCGAGGUCGAUAUCCUGGGAUGGAUCUGGACUUGUAAUAUGACUGCCCCGGCUUUACCGAAGGUGAAUUGCCACCACUCUUCAAGGAUUACAACGAAGAGAAGCAACCGAGAAAUGUUGAGAACAUUCGAAUUAGCGUUGAUGCAAAGGCUCCUAACCAGUUCUUGAGUAG